GACCGUAAUUCUUCAUCUGCUUUCCCGGACAAAUAUAUAAGAAAGGGGCCUUUUCUUCUUCCCCCGUUCACAUCCCUGCUGCCUUUCCUUGCCUUUCCUUUAUUUCUCUCUCCUUCUACCACCCAUGCCUCCUGCUGAGAAUCUCAAGAAGCGCAAGAUCGCUGUCCUCGGUGCUCGUUCAGUCGGAAAAUCGUCUCUCAUUGUACAAUUCGUGGAAAACCGUUUCGUUGAAAACUACUACCCUACUAUCCAGAGCACCUUUGCUAAGAGCGUCAGUUUCAAGGGUACGGAGUACGACUGCGAGGUCCUCGACACUGCGGGACAGGACGAGUAUUCUAUUCUCAAUUCGAAAUACGCCAUAGGAAUUCACGGCUAUGUUCUCGUAUACUCUGUCACAUCUCGGAGCUCCUUCGACAUGAUCCAGGUUCUGUAUGACAAAAUAGUCGACUUUUGCGGGGUCACCGAGAUUCCGUGCGUGAUUGUUGGCUCCAAGGUCGAUCUGACAACGAGGCAAGUGUCCGCUGAGGAUGGAGAGAGGCUUGCGCAGGCAAACAAUGCAGUAUGGGUUGAGACUAGUGCGAAGGAUAAUAUUAAUGUUGGUAAAGUCUUUGAUCUCUGUUUGGGGGAAAUCGAAAAACACUCGCCGACUAAGCAAGGCGAACCACCAGUCAGUCGUUGUGUCGUAAUGUAGGCGUCACCUCGAGCUCCCCACCGUGCCAUUCAAUAUGAAUGGCUUUCUUCAAGUCGCGUGCAUAUGGCAUGUAUCUUAUGUCUCUCUCAUGGCUACAAGGACUACUAGACCUUUUUUUACUCUUAUGACUACAGCAUAUGUCCUCUUUCCGUUGUAUAUUCUCUGUUCCUGUAAGUUAAGAACCCGUACCAUAGCAUCCUUUUCAAUUUCUUUAAAACUCCUACUGCUACAGAUCAUACAAAUUCACGUUCAUUCACGCCGA